AUGAAGAACAGAAAAAGGGAAAAUGAGAACUUUACCUCGGCCCCGACCAACUCCAUGGAGACGAUUGGAACCAGCCACUCGAGCCCAGCUCAGCACCCGCCUGAAGCUUGUCUAGACCUUGUCGACCGACGAGAGCGGCGAAGCACUACACCGGAGAGAACAGACAGCGCUUCAAGAGACGACCGGCACAGCCUGGUGACGGCCGUCACCGUGGUGUCCCGGAAAGCCCGGAAAGGGAGAGGCGCCGGCAAAUUUAGAGCUAAGUCUCCCAAGGCUGUGUGGACCAGGAAACAGCAAUGCCCGUGUGGCGAUUGGAAAUGUUUCGCAACAUACGAUGGGGAUUUGGACAAAACCGAUUCAGGACCCCAAUCAGUCAAAAACGACUUGGGUCCAGUCGAAAGCAUGAUUGUCCCAUACGUAGGGAUGAUUUUCAAGAGUGAUGACGAGGCAUUCGAGUAUUACGGGAAUUUCGCCAGAAAAAACGGGUUCUCGAUUAGAAAAGAGAGGUCGAGGUUGAGUCCCCAAUUGGGCGUCUACAAAAGGGAUUUUGUUUGCUACAGGUCUGGUUUUGCACCCGCCCGCAAAAAACAGAUGGGUGACCACCAUAGGGACAGAAAAUCUGUUCGGUGUGGCUGUGAUGCUAAAAUGUACCUAUCCAAGGAAGUUGUGAAUGGGAUUUCUCAGUGGUUUGUUGUGCAAUUUAGCAACAUACACAAUCACGAGCUUUUGGAGGACGAACAGGUUCGUCUGCUGCCGGCUUAUCGUAAGAUUCGAGAGGCGGAUCAAGAGAGGAUACUUUUGCUCUCGAAAGCCGGUUUUCCGAUACACCGGAUUGUGAAGGUACUCGAACUGGAAAAGGGAACUGAGGGCGGGCAACUGUCUUUUCUCGAGAGAGACGUGAGGAAUUUCAUCCAGAACCGGAAGAAGGUCGUUCAGGAGAACGAUGCUUUGUUGAGCGAGAAAAGGGAAAACGACUUGCUUGAUCUUCUCGAGGCAUGUCGGGCGAAUAAAGAGGCUGACCCGUACUUUGUUUACGAUGUUGCCCUUGAUGAAAACGAGAAGGUUGAGAAUAUUGCUUGGUCUUUUGGAGAUUCUGUUCGUGCUUAUGAUGUGUUUGGUGAUGUUGUUUACUUUGACUCCACGUACCGUUUGGUGAGUUACAGAAUGCAUUUUGGAGCGUGGCUCGGGAUAAGCAAUCAUGGGAAAAUUCUCCUGUUUGGGUGUGUGUUGUUGCAAGAUGAGAAUCCAAGGGCAUUUUCUUGGGCAUUACAGGCUUUUCUUCGGUUUAUGAAAGGAAGGCCUCCGCAAACGAUAAUAACGGAUGUUGACCUUGGUCUAAGAGAAGCCAUACGAAGUGAGCUGAAAAAUACAAAGCACGCCAUUCCCUUGCACAAUAUACUGCCUAGAAUAUCCCGCUGGUUCUCGGCUCCGCUUGACCUGAGGUUUCAGGAAUUUAAAUAUGAGUUUGAAAGGCUGUGUCAUCUAGAAAGUGCCGAUGAAUUCGAAUUUCGGUGGAAUCAGAUGAUUUCCCGCUUUGAAAUCAGUUCGGAUGAGCACAUAGCUUUACUCAAUUCCUUCCGCAUGUGUUGGGCUUUAUCUUAUGCAAGGGGUUUCUUUCUUGCAAGAAUGGAUUCUACAUCUUAUCGGAGAUCAGUCGAUGCAUUUUUGAAAGAAAUAAUCAAUACACAAACAUGUUUGCGUGGAUUAAUGGAGCAGGUGGCAUUAUUAUCAAAUUACAGAACUCUGUCAAAUGAAGCACAAUACUCACCUCUUAAAACAUGCUUACCUAUCGAAGAGCAUGUGCGUGGUAUUUUCACACCUUUUGCGUUUCACAUGAUACAACAUGAGAUGCUUUUAUCAUUGCAAUAUGCAGCAUCAAAAAUGACAAACGGGUCGUAUCUUGUGAGCCAUUUCAAGAAGGUGGAAGGAGAGCGUUUAGUUAUAUGGAUGCCUGAUGACGAGCAAAUUCACUGCUCUUGCAAGGAAUUCGAGUCGAGUGGAAUUUUAUGCAGGCAUGCCCUUAGAGUACUUUUGUUCAAGAACUAUUUCCAACUUCCGAGCAAAUACCUUUUGGGUCGAUGGAGUCAAGAGAGCUUACUUUUUGGCGAGAGUGAACAAAGUAAUGCGAAUAUCAAGGACGAAUGGUAUCGGGAGUUCAAUUCUCUUACAGGGACAUUGUUUUCUGAAGCAAUGCUAUCUAAAGAGAGGUCUGAUUUUGUUCACAGGGAACUUAAUAAGGAGCUCACGAGGCUUAUUGCUCAAGUGAGAGACAUGCCACCUGCCAAUGCUGUUGGCAUGGACAUUAGUUUUUCGUCCACUGUAGUCUGA